AAGCGCGUUGGCGGACGCUGAGAAUUCUUGCGCCCCUUCAGGAAGGCUUGGGGAAGUGCGGCGGAGAGGACCGUCCUCGGUUCGGCGAAGGGGCGUCAUGGCGGCGACGGUGCAGCAGCAGGGCAGAGUCAGCCUGAAGGAGCAGCGCUACGACCGGCAGCUCAGGUCGGCCUGGAGGGCGAGGAGGAGAAGAACGAGGGCUAGUUGGGCGCAGCGCAGGGGGAACGGCUCGCCUCGCGUUGCCACUUGUAGGGAGGCGGGUUGGGCAGGGGGCUUAGAGAGGCUCUGCCAGGGCAGGAUCCUUCCUUGGCUGUUUCCUAGGGGCGCCCCCAAGAUGGUCCAGUCGCCGCUCAGGGGACUUUCCUGGGCGGAACCGGAGCCAGGACGCCCUCCAUCUCCUCCCGCCCAAGGCCUCUCUCUGUUGGCUAAGCCUAGGGCUUAAAAACAAAAGCGAAGAGCUCCCUUAAUAAACUUUUACAAAGGCAGUGUGGUCUAGUGGUUACAGCGGUUGUUCAGGACUGGGAAGACCCAGGUUCAAAUCUCCCAUUGGCCAUGGAGCUCAGUGGGUGAUCGGGGGCUUCUUACGCUGGACAGGUGCACCCCACCUCCAGCAGAGAUCUCUCUCCUUCCUAUGCCAGGUAUACAUCUCAGGGACUCGCUUCACUUUUAACAGAUGCCUCUUCUUCCCUAGCAAGUUCUAGUGUAUCUUUUAUAUUGUUCCCAGCGACAGCCAAAAAGCCUCUGACCCAAAGGAGCACUUUGCUGUGUGUGCAGGUUUAAAGCUCUCUGUGUACCCUGCUUCACUGGCUUGUUAUGAUGAUGGAAGGGGAAGACCUAUGUUCACAUCAGCCUCAGUUCCUUGGAGCUCUAAGCACUGUAUAAAUAUUACAAAUAAUGCUUACAAACCUCCUUAAAGUGCUCAAAAACCUUACAAUAUUUUCUAACUUGAGUCUGUUAGAAAUCAAGCUUUCUUCAUCUUUUAGCCAAUUGUUCUAUCACUCUGACAAAUUUGUAUUGUGCUCUUCCUCUGAGGAGUUCAGGGCCACAUCAUCAUAGUAUUUCUAUUAGGUGGAUGAGGCUGAGAGAUGGUGCAUAGUCCAAGACCACCUAGUAAGUUUUAUGGGAUUUUGAACCUGGAUCUUUAUAGUCAAAGUCUUAACACCUGUAGUCCUCCAUAAUACAUCCUAUUAUCCCUGAUUAUUGGCCAUGUUGGCUGGGGCUUCUGGGAAUUGAGAAUCCAACAACAUCAGGAUAGCUAUUUGUUCCCCAAUCUUGGUCUAACACUAUAAUUACUAUACGAAAGUUUCUGUCCUGUUCCAUUUUCAAGAUUAGCCACUUCUCAUUUCAUCUGUUAGUUGUUUUUUUUAAGAUACUCAGUUCCAUGCUUAUCUAAUGAAGCAACACUUAACAGUGAUGUUCUGAAGCAUCCUUCAUCAAUGCAUCAGUUUCUUGUAUGUAUCCUCUCUCAAAAUUUGAAUUAGGAAUGUUGAUGAUGUCUGUGUUUUUGUGUUGCAGAUUAUGGGGCGACCACGGACAAGAAGCUUUAGAAUCUGCACACGUUUGUGUGAUAAAUGCAACGGCCACAGGAACUGAGAUCCUCAAAAACUUAGUUCUGCCAGGUAUAAAUAAAAACAAAUGUGCAACUUUCAUUGAGUAGAAAAGUUGUAAUUUGGAGUAAGCACAAUGUUUAUUUGUUUCUUCAAGGUGUUGGAUCGUUUACAAUUGUUGAUGGGAAUCAAGUCACCGGUGAAGAUGUUGGCAAUAGGUAAUGUGUGCACCAUAGUUCUGAAAAUGAAGGAGUGUGUUUAGGUGUGGGAGGUGAGUUGCUUGCAAACCCAUGGGGACACUGCUGACCUCUAAACUAUAUGAUCGGCAGGUUGGGCAAUGUUCUGUCUGUACCAGGCCUAUUUCAAAAUUACCAUUUAAAAUACGUGGGAAGAAUUCAAUGGGGCUCUGAGGAGCACAGUGGUGUAGUGUGGGGCAAGUAAAGAUGUGGCUACGCAGAAACAACUGGGAAUGUGCUCUUGGUUGGUCUUUGGCACGUGAGACUUGUUAUAAGCACUGAUAAAUUAAUUGGUAUUUAGAGUAAGCCCCACUGGGACUGACUGGGUCCUGUUACUGCAUUCUUCCACUGUCUCAAUGUUCUGCUGUUGAUAGGGCCAUAAUCACUUGAAUUACAAAAAUCCAAAAUAUUAAUUCCAACAAGAACAUUCCUAUUGGAGAGAGGAAAUGUGUUUGGGCUGUUUUCUUGGAGUGCAUUCCAUAAAGUGAUAUAUUUUAUUUCGAGAAAUGUUUCAUCAAGUUAAAACUCUGAAAUGUGUGGUUGCUUUUUCUGCUUUUUUUAGUUUUUUCCUGCAAAGAAGCAGCAUUGGCCAGGUAAGAAAAUAUUAAAUGUGCUGUAUUGGGAAAGUGACUCUGUAGUAUUUGAGAGACCUGUAGUAUUUGAGAGACCACCUUAUCGCUUACCUAUGCAGUAGGUCACUGUAGUCUACAGGAUAACUUCUCCUAAAGUGCCAAAGAUCUCAAAAGCCCACUCCACAGUAACUUGGAGCAGGGAUUUCAGUAUGGCAACCCCUGUUCUAUGGAACAAAGAUAUGACAAUUGCCCAUUAUUUGCACUUUCCAGAAACAGUUGAAUACAUUUUUGUUCUAACAUGCUUUCCUAGGUGAAUGAAUGGGUCUCUGUCAUGGGUGUCCACUUUGAAUUGUUUUAAAAAUUAUCUGUUGUUGUUUUUGGUGUUAUGUUUAACUGUUUUAAGCUGUUUUAUUCUGUUUUGUACAUUGCCUUGAAACAUGUUCUUGGAAAGUGAUUAACAAUAACUAACUAACAGUACAUUGGACCCACCUGGUGAAAUAUAUUUUACUUUCUCUUUCAUAAUAAAGAGAUUAACAGUGCAAUCUCAUACAUGUCUACUCAGAAGUAACUCCCAAUGAAUUCAAAGGGAUUUACUUCCAGGUAGGAGUGAACAGAAUAGCAGCACAUAACUAAAUAAUAUGACUAGAAUACAGAUAAACAGAUUGCACAUUAUGUAAGAGCCAAUCAGAACCCUUACAAAUUCAUACAAAUUCUUGGAAGGACUUGUUCUAAUUAGUUCACUCAAAAUUAAGACUUCUUAGCCACCUGCUUGCAUGCAAAGGUCAGCAUGUUCUACCCAAACAGAACUUUGGUCAUUUCCCCUCUAGCUAUGCUAGUGCCUGUGAGAAAGUAGAGCCCACAUCAAAUUCCAUUGUCCUCUUUUCUCUGCACCACUUUUCAUCAGCAAUACAUAACCUGACCACUCCAUGUGUUGGUAACCUUGAGGCUGGGUUACUGUAAUGUGUUGCAUGUGGGGCUGCCCUUGGAUCUAGUUCUUUGUAUGUUGAUUUAAAUGUAAAUUCCAACGUAAUAGUAGCAGUAGUAGUAGUAGUAUCAAUACGCACCUUUUUCCCUGACAGGCACUCAAUGCAGCUUACAGAUAAAAAUAGGAAAAGCUAAAAAUAUGUGAUGGGGAAACAGUCAUUAAAAGCAAUUAAAUGUUGAUAGAGAAUCAAAACUAUAUAUAUACAAAUAAGUGCAAUAAAAUCAAAACAGCACAGCCAUUUCGUUCAAAGCAGUCAGUUCCUAAAAACCUUUUGGAACAAGAACGUCUUGUUGACAGAAGGACCUAUUGACAGAAGGACGACAAGGAGAGAGCCAACAAGGAGAGGGAACAUCCCUCUCUGCAUCCCCACCAAACACGCUUGUGAGAGCAGCUUGUGAGAGAAGUAUGUAAGCAUGCAUAGGAUUGUAGUCAUAACAGUCUAAUAUUUCCAAUUGUUAUUUUUAAACAGAAUCGAGCCCAGUGCGCAACAGAACUAUUACAAGAAUUGAAUAACGAUGUCUCUGGAAAUUUCGUAGAAGAGGUUUGUAGCAAACAUCCUUGUGUUUACUGGAGUGUUGGCAAUUGGAAAAGUAUAAAAGAGAAGGUUGCAUGUGUGUGCCACCUAUAACCAUGGCAUGCAACUAGAGAAUUACAAGUGAAGGGAAAUGGUAGCCAAGCCAGCUGAGUUGUACAGCAUCCUGCCUCCUCCACAGCACCCUUUGUCAUCACUGCAUCACACUGUGGAAAGGUCUGAUGUGAAAAGGCAUCAUCAGCCACACUUUAAAUAGCAAAUCCUGUUCAUGUUGUGUAAAUUGAUAUUAUAGCAGAGCAUAGAUUUACUCCAAAAGUAGGGUGAACUUGGCAGUUGUUAAUGCAGCUUUAAAGAGUGUGCAUGUGACAGUGAAUCUUGGCCAAAUUGUGCCAUACAGUCAUCACUGUUCUGUGCAGGGUGAAUGAGGUAACUGCUAUAUUUAUGUGGUUGAUGCCUUGAUUGAUGCUUGAAUGUGAGGCACAGAAAAUUCCAGAGGUUGAUUUGUUCAUAUCUAUAGGAUUUAGGAAAAUCCUAAAUUUAGGGGGGGGGGGGGGGUUUAAGUUACCCAUAGUCCUACAUAGAUGUGCAUAUUAAAAGUAAGUUUGCAAUUCAUGCACUUAGCCCAAUAAGUGAAACUAACGUUUAAUAUUUCUAUGUGUAAUUGCUUUAUGAUCUAAUAUGUAUGUGUCUAAUGCAUUUUCUUAAGAAUCCAGAUAAACUUCUGGACAAUGAUCCUUCAUUUUUCUGCCGGUUUAAUAUAGUGAUUGCAACUCAACUCCCAGAGAGGUAAGCAAGAAUCAAAUUAACAUUAUCAUGUAAAAUGCAAAUAUUCUUCAGGCUUUUUCAGUGAAUAUGUAAAUUACGUGAGAAAGCUAGUGUGUCAUCCUUGUUUUUAAUGCUUACAUCCAAUUGAUUUCCAUUAUGUUUGAGCACAAUUCCAUUUAGUUAAGUUGUGUUUUCCUCUAGCUAUUGCCAUUCCACUGAAACAAAAAAAAUACACACUUAGCUUGGAAAUUCACUAGAUAAGGGCCAAACUAGAUGUUCUAGAAACCUGAGUUCCUUGGGUAUUGCAAAGGGAUAAGAGUGGAAAUUGUGUCCUUGCAACCUUUCUCCCUAGAUGUUUUGUCCAUACCCGACCCAGAAAAUGAGUGUCUGGGAACGAAGUGGGGGUUGCAAAGGAAAUGUGCAUAAAUUAUUUCUGCCCUUUGCUUUGCAGUAGAGAAACAACAGUCUGAUUUCCCAGUGCUGCAUUUGUUUCUAAAUGCUUGGUUUGGCCCUAAGGAGAUCUGCUGUGGUAAUCAACUUGUUAACCUACCAUUCCUUAUAAAGGAAUUCUCUGCUUGAUUUGUGGCCUGCAUCUUGAUAAUGAAAGGAGUUCAGUCAUCUCUAUACUCUGAUAAAGAUUCAGAAAAGUUGAUAAAGAUUCAGAAAAAGUUGCUACAUUGCUCGCUAUUCUGUCAUAAUAUACUGAAAACAAUAAAUUGGAAUUAUUUAAGAUACACUAUAUCUUGAGCUGCUGGUUAAAAUAACUUUUGUGAUUGCUUAACUUUAUAUUCAACAGAAAUAUAGGCUGUGGACCGCUAUUAAAGAAAAAAGAUUUCUUUUUUGCAAUAGAGCAGUCUCUCUCUCUCUCUCUCUCUCUCUCUCUCUGUGUGUGUGUGUGUGUGUGUGUGUGUGUUCUCUUGAUCUGACUCCAUAUCUUAAUAUUUUUCAGUACAUUACUCAGGCUUGCCGAAGUCCUCUGGAAUUAUAACAUUCCGCUGUUAGUUUGUAGGACUUAUGGAUUAAUAGGAUAUAUGAGAAUCAUUAUUAAAGAACACCCAGGUAAGAGAUUCAUUUAAUAAUUAAGAGCUUCUCCUAUGUUGGGGUAGUCAACAUGGUGCCUUACAAUUAUUGUUGGUUUCCAGCUUGUAUUGGCCAAGCUGGUGUGGGCAGGGAUGAUGGGAGUUGUAGUCUAACAGCAUCAGAAAGAUACCAUGUUGGCCACUUCUGCCUUAUAGCUUAUACAUGCCCAUCUUUUAAAAUGUUAUUAUUGAAUUGUAACAUGACAGAUUUUUUGAGACACUUCAGUAUGUUUCAUACUGAGUGAACAUACUAAAAAAUAAUAAUCUAGAAAUGUAGUUCAUCUUGUUGGUAGCAAAAUUAGAUGUAAAAUCCAGUCCCAAGCUGUAGAUCUGACUACCUCUACUUUUUAUUGUAUGCCAUUUCUCCAGCAAAUAGUAGGUUUUUCCAGAGGGGAAGGGGCAUUGCUCAAUGGUAGCAUCUGCAUUGUAUGUAGAAGGCUCUAGGUUCAAUCUCUGGCAUUUCCAGGUGGGUCUGGAAGAAAACCCUGUCUGAAAACCUAGAAAACGUUGCCUGUCAGUGUAGAUAACACUGAGCUAGAUGGACCAUGAUGAUAAAUAGCAUGUGAAGUUGAAUAUGUUAUCAUCAACUUUUCUUUCAAAUCAAAAUCUCCUUCAAUAUUUUGAUAGUUGUGGAAUCUCACCCAGACAAUGCAUUGGAUGAUUUGAGACUGGACAAUCCUUUUCCAGAACUGAAGGAGCACAUUCAGUCUUAUGAUUUGGAUCAUAUGGAGAAAAAGGUUUGUAUAAGCUCUGUGUUCUGUCUAGCAAUAUGGGUGCAGGCUUUAGAGACAAUCCACACAAUCAUUUUAAGAGAAGUGGCUUACAGGCUGUAACUAAUGCCUACGAAAGACUCUUUUUAAAAAUAGUGUUUUGAGUUUGAGACUUUCAGUGAAUUCACCUAUUCUAGUUUCUGGUUUUAUUUUGAAGAAUUUAAUGUUGCAGUAGAAUUCCAUGAGAUAAGCAGUGUGAGGUCUGUUUGAAGAAAAAAUUGCUAAGCAUACUUUUUGAACCAGAUCCUUCAUUACAGGUUUGCUUCUCCAUACACUUCCAACAUAAGGUUGUUGUAAAACCACAGCAACUAGCCCAAGAAGCAUUGAAUAGCUCAAAAUAACUAAAUCAUUGAUUAUUAUUUAAGGCUUUAUGGCCACCCCUGAAUGCUGUUGGGAUUUUAAACCAGAGGAAAAUUCUGUAUCUUCACUAAUGGGCAACUUGCAAAGUCACAUGCAAACUCAUAAAGCUGAGGAAGUUGUGUGGGUUCUUCAGAUCUGUUGCACAAAUUGGAAGAAUUAUGCUGCAAGUAUGUUAAUGACACCUGUUUAUUGAAAGUGGUUCAGUUAAUUUAUCUGUUUUUGUUGAAUGCUGAAUUUUUGUGGUGCAUUGAACCUGUACUUAGUUCAACAGCUUCCUUGCUUCAGGGUUGCUGUAUUCAUCUGUUUAAAACAAGUAUAAUUUUGCAUUUGCAGGAACACAGCCACAUUCCAUGGAUUGUGAUCAUAUCCAAGUAUCUAGAAAAAUGGCAUAAUGAAGUAUGUAGACACCAUGGUAAUAUUCUAACAUAUUGGUGCUUUCUUUUCAGCACUAUGGAAAUUAAGCUUCCCAAAGAAGCUUAAGUGCUAUUAUUAUAUGUUUUAGGACAGAGGCUGCAGUCUGGUUUGUGGCUGGCUGCUUAAAUCCUACUGACCAACUCAAUUUAAACAGCCAGAUUGUGUGUAGAAAUGCAGCUAAAAAGCAAACCAGUUGAGUGCUCUCCAGAUAUAUUUAUUUGGAAUAAAAAUAUUUUUAAAAAUCUGGUUGCAUAUAGGCAAAGUACCUGAAUGGGAAUCCCCCUAGGAUUCAGUAAUACCCUAUUCCCUUGUCUUCUCUUUUAUCCCUCACCCACCAAUUUCAGCAUGUAAGUUCAUGGGCAGGCAGUUGUUUCAGGCAAUUGAAGGUCUGUAUGCACUUCCCAUAUCCCUAUUCAGACCCCAUUUUCUGCCAUAUUUGUGUUCCAGGUUGGCCUGUAUUCUGGGGAGGGGGGGGGAUAGGGUUCAAUUGAACCUUGUAUGAUUCUGUACCUGGGUGCUCCACCAGUACACAACUGUAUACCAGUACACAACUGCACUUGUCUUGAUUUAUCGUCUUUGAUUAACCAUGAGAUCCUGCUGCUGUUUUUGUUAAAUAUUGAUGAUUGCUUUUAAUGUAAAUGUUAAAACAAGUAAAGAUUUCACUUUAUAGAAAUUAAAAAGAACAUCAAUGCCUGGAUAGCUUACCCCUGGUCAGACAUAGUUAGAAAUAUGGAAAAUAGUGCCCCAAAGAACAAUUUUUGCUAUUUGCUGGAACACAGAUGCAUACUCAAUACUCCCUUGCUAGUUGGCUGCUCUAUGUUUUUACAUAGUUCACAUAUAUAACUUUUCUAUUUAGAACAGUGGACAGAUGCCUAAGAACUACAAAGAAAAGGAAGCCUUCCGAGAGAUGAUUAGGCAAGGUAAUGUCAAGCAAGAGCUUAUUAGCAAUAUACCAAAGGUGCAGUAUUUUAAAAUACAUUUUUAUAUAUUAAUAUGGGGGGCGGGGCGGCUAACCUAUGGCCUCCAGAUGUUCUUGAACUUCAAGUCUCAUCAGCCCCAGCCAACAUAGCCACUGGUCAGGGAUCAUGAAAAUUGUAGCAUCAAGCGGGUCGGGGUGCUCAUGAGUUAACCUAGGACUUGGCACUACCUGAAUGAGCCUUCACAAGUCUGAGUGAAGCAUCAGGCUCUCAUACACUCUGUCCCCUUUCAUCCUCAGUAGUGGCACCCACCCUGUGGAACGCCCUCCCAUCAGAUGUCAAGGGAGUAAGCAGCUAUCCUGUUUUUAAAAGACUUCUGAAGGCAGCCCUGAUUUUAAUAUUUUACUAUUUAAUUUAAAAGUUUUUAAUAUUUAAUGCUGUAUUGUUUUUAACACUCGAUUGGGAGCCGCCCAGAGUGGCUGGGGAAACUCAGCCAGAUGGGUGGGGUAUAAAUGAUAAAUUAUUAUUAUUAUUAUUAUUAUUAUAUUAUCCUGCUGCUGAGUUUAGUUUCACUUUCAAAGAAUCUCCGCUUAGCAUUGCUUACAAGCCAGGGGCCCAUAUUUAAAGCUAGCAAUGCUUAGUUUCUAAAGGAAACCAACUUCAAAAUACAGCUUAUAAAGUUGUCUUGUUUAAAUAACCAUUUUGUGUGUGUUUUAAAUCAGGAUCCCUAGAUUGUACACAGCACUACAAAACUAAGCAGAAAUCUUCCUCCCGGGGGUAUGGGAGGUGUGUGAGCAGGGGCUUCACUUCGGAGGUUCAUCUAUGUAGAACUAAACAAUGGUUUAGCGUUGCAGCUUUAUCUUGAGCUCUGUUGUGCUUUAAGAAUACAUGUAAAAUAUGCAUAAAUGGUAUUGCUAUUUUUUAUCAUCACCAUCAUUAAUGUAUUAAUCUUAUAAGCUACUACUUAUCUCAAGGCAAUUUACAUAAAAAUGCCCAAAGUAUCAACUUUUAAGAGAACCUGACAAAGUCACUUGAAUUUUAAGGAGCUAAAGAAUAAUGAAGGUCAUCUAUGUUUAAAGUCCUGCUUUUUCUGUUCCUAUUAGGAAUCUUAAAAAAUGAAAAUGGAGGCCUAGAAGAUGAAGAAAACUUUGAAGAAGCUAUUAAAAACGUGAACACAGCUGUAGCUGCUACUAAGGUAAAAUAAGAUUCCUCCACAGUAUUCUAGCCGCAUAAUUACUGAAUCCUUUGUUGGAAAAUUUGCUUAAAUUUGUUCUCCCCCACCCCCUUUAGAUACCAGGUUGUAUUGAAGACAUUUUCAGUGACGAUCGUUGUAUCACUCUUUCAAAGCAGGUAAUAAACACAAACAGCUUGCUACUGUAUUCUGCUUAUCUAAAUAGAAAAAGUUAGUGUGAUAUUUUUGUUUACCCUUAAGAGUCCACACUUUUGGAUCUUGGUUCGAGCUGUAAAGGAAUUUGUGGCAAAGGAGGGUCGAGGAAAUUUACCUGUCCGGGGCACAAUUCCAGAUAUGAUAGCAGAUUCUAGUAAAUUUAUCAAGCUGCAAAAUAUGUAAGUAUUGUCUGUUUUUUGCUUUAUAUUAUAUUAAAUAUUGAAUGAUAACGCACACACACCCAAAUCAUAGAAUUGUAGACUUGGAAGGGAUCCCAAGGGUCAUCUAGUUCAACCCACUGCAAUGAAGGAAUAUCAACUAAAGCAUCCAUUGCAGAUCGCCAUCCAACCUCUGCUUAAAAACCUCCAGGGAAGGAAAGUCCGCCACCUUCUUAGGGACUGUGAUCCAAUUGGACUAGCAAUAUCAGCAUGGGUGACACGACAGUGUAAGACAGGGUAUAGCAGCUGUAUAGAAGCACGUGUAGAUUUGAAUGAUUUUUGUUGUUGUUCCAUGAUCUCUAGCGUUUCUUCCUUCAGAGCUCAAUAAAAGGGAAUCAAAUGUGUAUUUUCCCCCAUAGUAUUUUUUUCAGCCACAAACGAAUUGCCAAUGCACCAUUACCUGUAGUUCACUUACAGGGCAGUUUUCACAAGUAAGUUCUGGGACUACGAUCUUUAGAAUGCUGCUCAUUCCACUAACUACUUAGCCAUAAAGGUAUUUGUUCCCUUAACUGUGUUCGUGUUCCUGAUAAGUGAAUUCAAGCAGAUGACAAUAUUGAUAGUUUUCAGUGACCGCUUCUCAGAUGCCUGUUUUGUACAGAGAUUCCUGUUUCGGUACAAAAACAUAUAAAGUAAUAAUGACCUUCUAAGUAUCAAUUUUAAAACAAAUAGAUCUUAGGAAGCUGGCACAGUCCCUGUCUUUCCAUUUGUCUUUGACAAUCUGUAACAUGAGAAUGAAUAUUGAUGUAGAUGAAGCCUACUGAUUUCUGGAAUUGGUCUUACUGAAGUUUUACGUUUUUGCCCCUUUUUAAAAAGAUACCGUGACAAAGCUAAGAAAGAUGCCGAAGCUGUGGCUAACUAUGCUGCCAAGCUGCUCCAGUCAUUAGGCAAGGUGAGCUAAUGAAAGUUAUGUUUUGAAUCUUCCUUCUCUUUAAUCUUCCUUCUCUAUCUUAACAUGGAAAGCGGCUCCUAUAUAAUGACCCAAUCCAAAGAGCUAAUGAUCUGUACUCACAGAUUUGUACUUGAUCGACGGAACUGUUGAUAAUUGCGAGUAGAUUUUUAAAAAAAGAUAAAUUAACAUAUUGUGUUGGGAUGGUAAAGGUAAAGGGACCCCGACCAUUGGGUCCAGUCGUGGCGGACUUGGGUUGCUGUGCUCAUCUCACUUUAUUGGCCAAUGGAGCCAGUGUACAGCUUCCGGAUCAUGUGGCCAGCAUGACUAAGCCGCUUCUGACGAACCAGAGCAGCGCAUGGAAACGCCGUUUACCUUCCCGCCAGAGCGGUACCUAUUUAUCUACUUGCACUUUGACAUGCUUUCAAACUGCUAGGUUGGCAGGAGCAGGGACCAAGCAAUGGGAGCUCACCCCGUUGCAGGGAUUCGAACAGCCGACCUUCUGCUCGGCAACUCCUAGGCUCUGUGGUUUAACCCACAGCGCCACCCGCGUCCCGUGUUGGAUGGAGCCUUUAACCAAAAGACACCACUGUUCAUGUGACUUUCCUUGUUUCAUUGUGACUGGGAUGAAUGUUACAGCCGUGAAAAUUCAUGGAAGAUCCUAAUUCCUAGGAGUUGUGUGAUGGAGGCAUCGAGUAAAGUGUGGACUAACAUACUCACUGUCCCAAGGCAGGGUCACAUGAUACCAAAGCAUCAACUAGUUCCUGAGUCUUUGCCUCCACUCCAGUUCCUUUUCUUCCUUUAAACAGAAUAUGUUUAAACUGCUCCUCACUCCUUGGUUUUUGUUUUUAAUUCUUAUCUUGCCAGUUCUUUGAUUCUUCCUAUUUUUUCUUUCCCCCUUCAAAGUUAAAAAAUAAAUAAACCCAAACUCUUCCCCCACCCUAUGCUUUCCUGCCUUUUUUCUCUUGCUGGCAUCCAGUGGGAACAGAGACCAAUGUCUUUCUUUCCCUAUGGCCUUUUUACUUUUGUGACAUUGGAGCAGCUCAUCCAACAGCACAGAUUUCACCACUAGAAAGUCAUUACCACAUAAUACCAUUUUUAAAAAAGAUACUACAACAAAGCAGUUUACACCAAAGCAGCAAAUUUAUAUUGAACAUACACUUUCUUAAACACUAUCAGUUUUACUGAAUCAGGGCAAUAUUCCUCAAUUUUCUUGUCUUAUUUGCUACUUAUUCUUAUGACAAUGCAGAAUUAGGAGAAAGUGGCUGCUUAAUAAGAUUAUUCUACUUAAAUAAAUGUUACUUCAAACAUCUAAUGAACAUUUUAAAAACAAUUGUGUUAAGAGAAUUGGCAUGUUAACAUGACACUUUAUUUCAUAGGCACCAGAAUCUAUUUCUCAGAAAGAACUGAAACUACUUUGUAAGUAUUCAUGGUUUUCUCUCAGCUUAUACUGUGUUACAUUGUCUUUGUUACUGUGUACUUAGUUUUUCACACAUGGCUUCUCCAUUUUGGCUUUAUUUUUGUUAAAUAAAUCAUGACACAUGUCAUUUAUUGUUCAUCUGAGGUUGCGUUUACCUAAUUUUAAGAUCUGCUAAGGAACUGAUGAUUGUUACUGUGUCCUAUACAUAUACAUAUACAUAUACUAUGUACUAUAAAACAGAAUUCAUAGAGGGUGUACUUUCUUUUUCACAUGACUGUAUAUGCAUAAACAUUUCUGUCUCUACAGAGUUUUUGGUGUCAUUCUAGUGGCUGGAGAAAAUCUAUCUUUGUUUGAAGCAUCUCACAUUAGCGUUUCUGUGGACCAGGAGGUUCAAAUCCUUACAAAGCCACUAGAAAAUAACUUAGUGAAUUUUAUAUAAUUGCCAGGUUUAUCCUUUUUUUGUUUUUUGCUUAAAUGAUUAGGUUUCAAGGGCUAGUUGUUUUUGUUUUUUUAAAAUGCUAUCCCUUCAUUACACAUACUUUUCUCUCUUAUCUUCCUUCCCAACUCUAUUUAGGCACUAAUUCAGCAUUUCUUCAAGUAGUGCGGUGUAGAUCUCUUUCUGAAGAGUAUGGAUUGAAUACUUCAAACAAAGAUGAGAUCAGUAAGGACAUGACUUUAUUAUCUACAUUCUUCUUUUAUUGUGUUUUCAUCUGCAGACAGUGAUGUGGAAGUAAUGACCUGAAAGGGAUUAUGUCAUGCUGUUGUUUCCUUUGUUUCUGCUGUAACAUGGGAAAUGGAAUUGGGAUCUUAGUUACGGGAAAAUGUGUGAGCCCCAAAGUAGCUUUGAUCUUUGUACCUUAUUGUAGAUGGGAUAUGCUAAUGGUUACAGCAGUGAUGAGGAGAGUGGAAGUGCAACUUGCUUUUGCUAUUUCUUGGUGAAAACAAAUUUCAGAAAUUAUUUUGUUAGAUCUGUAGACAUACAUGAACCAUUCAUGCUGACUUACAGGGAAAAUUCUCAGGGAUAAACCUCAAAUGCUAGGCACAUGAUUAGUCCUUCCCUUUGUUUAUUUUAAAACAUUUUAUCCCUCUUACCACAACGAGCCCAGGGUGAGAUAUAACACAACAGAACUAAAAUACAACGUAGCAGCAGCAUAGUGAUAUAAAUACAUGCAGAGCAGAAAACAAAACAGCCUAUAAUGAAUUAGUGAAUUUUAAGAGGGAGAAUAUUCCACAAUUGGGGCUCUACAGUGGAGGCUGUUAAAUGGGUUGCUGCAUAGCAGAUAUCAUACCUAAGUGGAAACAUUAACAGGGCUCCCUCCCCCCUUCCCCACAGAUUUUAAUUCACCAGCAGGAGAGAAGGUACAUAUUUAGCUCUCAAGCUGUUUAGGGCUUUAUAAAUUAAUACAAGCAUCUUGCCUGGUAGCACAUGGGUAGCCAUUGUUGCUCCUUCAGGACCAGUGUUAACAUCAUCCUGGUAUUCCAAUCUACUCAGUAAUAAGGUGGCUGCAUUCUGCAUAAGCUGCAAGUUUCAGACCAGCUCCAAGGGCAGCCCCAUGCAGAGCACAUUACAGUCAUUUAUCUGUCUAUCUGGGAGGCUUCCAGUGCACGAGUCACUGUGGCAUGGCUAUCCGUGUCCAGGAAUGACUGUAGCCAACAAAUCAGCCAAAGCUGUAACAGGCACUCCAUCUUGUUGGAGUUCAGUCUCAGCUUAUUCAGCCCACCAUUGUAUCCAAGCCCAAUCAAGAACUUGUAGACUACACCUGAGUCAGAUGCCAAGGAGAACAAAGCUGGGUGUCAUCAGUGUAUUAUUGAUGGCCCUCAAGCCCCUGGUGGCCUCACCAGUUUCAUAUAGAUGUUAUAUAGCAUGGGAGACAUGACUGUAUGUUGGGAAAUCUCACAGAGACCCAGCUGUUCUCCCUCAAGACUACCAGCCUGAAAUCCACCCUGCAGGUUGGAGUGGAACCACUGUGUCUUUUGACACCCAAGCCACAGAGCUGUUCUAGCAAAAUACCAUGGUUAAUUAUAUCAAAAACUGCUGAGCAAUCCAAGGGAUGUUACUGAGCUUCAUUCCUCCUUUCCUCCUAACAUCUAAAGAGACCCAAGACCAUUUUGGUUCUGAAACUGGGCUGGAACCCAAGAAUGGGUCUAGAUAAUCAUCUUCAUCCAAGAGCUGAAGUUCGGUGGCAACCACCCUCUUGAGCACUUAUCCCAGAGCAUAGACCUUAGCGAGUAGGCAGUACCUAUCACAGCAUUUGGGUCCCCAAAGGCCAGUGUUGGUCAAACACAUUUAUGUCUGUUGACUGUAAUUCACAAACCAUACAGAGAUGUUUGUGUAACCAAUUUCUUGUGAAAAUGAAUUUCACUUCAGGUGAUUUUAGGAUUUGUAUAAAAGCAAUGCAACACUUUUCUUCAGCCUAUUGGUACACAAUUAACACUAUUUUUCCCUUAAAGUUUCCCAUAUGGAUAACCCUGAUAGUGAGAUGGUGCUGUACUUAAUGUUACGAGCUGUGGAUAGAUUCUUUAAACACCAUGGGAGAUAUCCAGGUAAAUUUGAUUUUAAUAUUGCCCAGUUUCCAACACUGUUAGCAAAAUAUGUGCUUAGUACAAUGAUAAAUUGAAUAAAUUGAAAAUUUCCGUAAGUGACCCUUGGGUAUAACCUUAAUAAUAUUCUGUGUUCAUAAAUAUAUAGAUUAAUUGUGUGGUUGAGGCAUAUACCAUUAUUAUGCCUCUAUAUAUUUUACAAAUUAGAUUACAAAGAUUUAUUAAAUCAUUUGAUUUUUUUAAAAAUUAUCUUCUCUCACAAAAAUUAUAUCUAUGUACAAUUUUAAAAAAUCAUUUCCAGGUGCUUAUAAUUAUCAAGUGGAAGAUGACAUUGGAAAACUGAAAUCUUGCCUCAACAGUUUUCUUCAGGAAUAUGGAUUACCUGUAACAGUGAAGGAUGAUUACGUUCAUGAAUUGUAAGUACUAUAUAAAAUAAAAAUAAAGUUUUCCUGGGUUUUGUUUUGGUAUUACAAAUUUUACAAUGUUGUUUUUCCUGUGUAGUUGUCGCUAUGGAGCUGCUGAGCCACAUAUGAUUGCAGCAUUUUUGGGAGGUGAGAAAUACUAUAAUUUUAACCAGUUCUUCUCUAGCUGUACACUUAUUAGCACAUGAAAAAAUAUUACAGCUUUAUAUUCUCUUUUUUAACACUAGUGGAAGUUUUUUCACUCGUCUUAUUAAUUAAUUUAUGACUCCUUUUGCAUCCAUCUCAAGACAACUUACAGACAUACCAUAAAACAAUAACAUAGUUUUAAAAAUUAUGUAAGAAUAAUAGAAUCAUAGAUUUGUAGAGAUGGAAGGUGCACAAUGAAGUGUUCAUUUUGAAUUGUUUUUAAACCUACUUGUCAAAAUUAAAAUGUCUCUGGAAUAUAUAGUAUUUGGAAUACAUGCUAUGUAGAAUUCAAGAUAUGAGAUAGUAGUGUAUUUGACUCAGCCAUGAUAAAAACAAUCUAUAUCAUUUCCAAAACUGAAAUCUUUCCAAUGUGUACACAUUGUUCAAGGUAAGAAACAUGUUGUAGACUCUGUUUUAUGUGAUUAAUGUGAUUACAGAUAUUAUUUAACAAGGUUUAUGGGUUUUGCUGUAUGCUGCUUUGAAGAGUCUAUAUAUAAAGCAGUAUAAAAAUGUCCUAAAAUUAAUAAGUUGUUUGCUGUCUACCACUGAGUGAAGUUGGUUAUGGGAAUUGUUAAGCUCUAUUUUCAGUUCACUGGCAUAAAGUGGCAGUUGAAGAAAAACAAUUUUGUAUUGCAUCAAUUGAGUUAUGAAGUUCUAACUUUGUUCCUUCCUCUUCCAAUUCCCCUGCUGUUUUACAGGAGCUGCUGCUCAAGAAGCUGUGAAAAUAAUUACAAAACAAUUUGUAAUUUUUAAUAACACCUACAUUUACAAUGGCAUGUCACAGACAUCUGCAACAUUCAAGUUAUAGGCUAAGCACAGUACAUUGUUUAAAACUGUGGUUGCAUUUAAUUUGCAGUUUGUUCUGUAAAUGAUCGCUGCUAUAUUUGCUGCCAAGUUCCCUUCUUUGUAAUUUUUCCCGAUUAUUAAAUGUUCUUCUGAACUGUAAUAAAUAUUUUUAUCUUGUAUUUUAAUAAGAGGCACUGGAAUAGAUUGACUGUCAUCACUAUCAACAUCGUAUUAUUUUAGAUGUAAGCAGCAUUUUUCUUCUGUGUUAUUGGGAGUGGGACCCAAUACAGACCAUUGCUAUUAGCCUGCUCAUAUCACUCCGAAAAGUGUUUCUUAACCUAUGUGUUAAAUAAAUACCUCUUUGAAGCAAAUGUACAGCAAAUAAUAUGGAGUGUUGUUUUCAACGUAAGCUGCUUUUGUUCAGAAAGAGGAUUUUUAAAAAACCAAUGAAUACACUAACACACAAUGCACCUUUGAAUAUUAUGAAUAUAUUAAACUAUGAACAAGAUUUAAAGCAUUCUGGAAGAGAAUGUGUAGUAAUAGCAAUUUUAGAAACUACUGUUCUUGGUUUUCCCAAUAUAUUUGUUUGACUGCUUCUGCUCCUUUACUUAUAGUAAUAGUUCAGUUGUUAGUAUCUGUAAUGUUGCUGGGGAAAGGAUUAAAUAUGUUUUCCUGGGAUUAGUUGAAAGACUUGGACUUGAAGAUGGUUUGUACAAGCAUACGUGAUCAUGUUAGCAUUAGUUCCAGUGAAUUAGAGGAGACUGCUCAAGAACUGGAUUUAUUGGCGGUGGGGAAUCAUACUUGGCAGGUACACUGGUGUUACUUUGUACAAGAGGAGGUACCCUAGUUUAAGAUUGUUAUAAACUGCCCUGAGGCUCCAUGGGAUCAAAGGCAAGUUUAAAAUAAUUACAAAUCAAUUGACAUGGAUUUUAGUUCUAGUGCAGGCUUCCUCAACCUUGGCCCUCCAGAUGUUUUGAGACUACAAUUCGCAGCAUCCCUGACCACUGGUCCUGCUAGCUAGGGAUCAUGGCAAUUGUAGGCCAAAAACAUCUGGAGGGCCGAGGUUGAGGAAGCCUGAUCUAGUGUGAUGUAAGAUUACAUAUUAUUCACUACCCAAUUUACAGGCAGGCAAAAACAAGGAAAUACAGUAUAUGAUUUGGGAUAAUCCCUUCCAUGGGUUUAAUGUCAAUUUUGAAACAGCAUUCUAGGAAGGGGCUCAUGCAUGUAAGCCAAACAGUGAUUUGGUGCUGUGGCAUGCUGGACAUGUCAACUAUAGCUAAUAGUAUUGGCUCUGUUAAAGCAAAAAGCAUACUAAGUAGGUAAAAUGAAAUGUUUUAUUUGGUGAGCAGGUUUUUAUGAGAUUUUAAUAUUUACCAUCUGCUUGCAGUUCCAGUGCUUUGUGUGAAUUGAACUUAUCACUGUUGCAGAGGUGGCUCCUUUGUGUUCACAUAUGGAUUUUUAUCACUUGGUGUUUAAAAUAAAUGUGUGAAAACAACCCAAUAAAGAUCAACGCUUGUGGAUUGCCUCACCCUGCUUUUCAGUCGAGGCAUUUUCAUGUGUGAUCUUUGUUCAUGUGAAUUAGGCACCUUUGUGCAUGUGCAUACAUUACUUGUACACCUUAUUUUUCAUGGACAAACCAAUACGGCUG